UAGAGGGUCGAGCGUGUUUCCUUUGUCCAUGGCGUCUGGAUGUUGCAAGCAAGGGUGUUACAUGGAAGUGGUGCCCAGUCGUCCGAACACUCCCUACGACUUCACACUCCUGGCAUUUGCUUUGGCCGCGACAGUACCGUUCAUCGUGGCGAAUGGCGCGCUCUUCGCCCAUCGCGGCCGCUCCUACUUUCGAGCACAGGGAGGUGUGUAUCUCAUCCUAGGCAGCUCGCUAGCGGGCUUAGUCUGGAUAGCAGCCCAGUUCGUCAACAAUGACCAUUUCAGCAGGGUCGGGCCGCUUAGAAGCUGCGUGCUGUGGACGUUCUGGCUCCAGGGGACGGGUAUUUGCCUGUGGUUCGUGCUCACUGUUCUCCGGCUUGCUCGGAUGUACGAGCUCAGCAAGAACAUCGACAACUGGUCGUGGAAGUACUACGCUUUCGUGGCCUUUUGCCUGCUUCCCAUAGUCAUCCUGUCCACCGUUGCUGGCUUCAGUGACUUCGAUGGACACGAGAGAAGCAAACCGGCGUGCAACCCAAGCAAGCAUUGGAAAAUCAUCGUCCGGUCCGUGUAUACUCCAUACUGGCUGCUGCUCAUCUUCUUUAUCUAUAAGCUGCGCAAGCAGGAGGAUCCACUGCUAGCUACCGAGUACAGGGACACUUUGGACUACUUGGCUAUGGCUAUCGUCAUUGUCAUGCUCUCCGCCGUCGCGGUUGUGACGAAAGCUAGCGAUACUAUCCCUGGCAGAUGCUUCCUAACGUUUUCAACAUGCUGUCUCGUGUUCUUUCACUUUUGGAUACGCUUCGGGUGGCCGAUUUACCUAUGUCUCUUCAGGCCCAAAGAGGAGAUGGACAACUUCGAGCAGGAGCUAACUUACGGUGGUGCCCGAGCUCUGGACAUGGUUUACAGCCAAAGGAUACACUUUCCUUCCUCUGAAGGUGCUAUUUGGGAAGCUUUCUCCAAAGCUAGUGACGAUCUGGACAGAUAUAAGGAUGAAAUACGGAAGCUAGAAGUGCAGAAAGCGCUGCUGGAAGGGAAGAUCCGAGAGUUACACGUGCAGAAGAGAAAAGCAGCUGAAUCUGGUCAUUCUUAAGUUAAUCUAUGCAAGCACCUCAGGGAAAGUUUCAAGGAGACUGCCAAGGUCACAAAUUCAAUGUGCUAGUUUUCUUCGUCGUGUUCCAAAGCUUUGUUUGUUUUGCAGACUCUUCCACAACUUGACUUUUAAGCGGGUUCUCUGCUUCCCUGUCAUGAUUUUUUGCCGUGCACGGACGAUCACUGCUGUUCCACGAAAAAGAGAACACGCACACACGGAUCCUGAGUCUGUGUAAAGAGUACGUAAAGGACUGAAUUUUCUCAAAUGUUCUGAAUUUUCCAAGUCAAGCAGAAAACUCAUGCCUUCACAACC